AAGCAAGCUUUCAUGCAGGCUUUAUUUAAUAGUUUUUCAAAUAAACUCUCAUUUUCUGCCUGAUAUGAUUGAGUUUUACGAUGGGAAAAAUCUUCAGAGAGUUACUAAAACUUUGAUAAAAAAUGGGUUCUGGAAAUUGUAUUUAACGGAAUAUGAAAGCAGUUUGCUUGAAAAACUGGCUUCAAACUCAGAGUGUUCCCUUUUAUUAUUCGAGAACAGCAAUGUUCAAUCCGCUAUCCAAACAUUAAAAAAUACAACAGUCGUUACUGAGCAACCAACUGAUUUUGAUGAUGAUGCUUUUUUAUUUCGAGUGCGGGUAAUGCUUUCCGAUUAUGCCAUGUCGGAGCUGCUAUAUCCAAAUCAAAACAAGGAACGCAGUCAAAACGUGGGUUUUCCCGGGUUUCUACAAUCUGCUUCUGCACAAAAUAUUAUUUUCAAUGGCUCACAGGGUUCAGGAAAUGUUGAUCAAAUGAAUGCCGAUAAUUACGACACGAUGUUCGACUCAAAAACAGAUUUUAAGGAUCCAGAUUGUCAGCAAGUUAAUCUAGCAUUGAUUGAGUCAUGUUCUAUUUACCAUAUUCUCGAGGACGACCUUGUGAAUAUAACGGAAACUCAGCGAGAAAUCACUAAAUGCAAUAAUCCUCAUCUGCAGCAGAUUCAGAAUACGGAAGAGACCAGAGAUACUAAAGAUUACAAUGCGGGAUUUAAGUUUCUUUCGGCAGAGCUUCACUCAAGACUGCACGAGCUUCCAAAACCGGCGUUAGAACUAAGAAAUAUUCUUACAGAAGUGUAUAAAACAAAAUCAAAAUGGGCAAACGAUGACAGACCGGGUCAAGAGGAGCUCUAUACAGCUGCUGAGAGAGUUAUCCUUGAUCUUCGUAAUCAUACGAAACACUCGUCAGCAUUUUUGACGAAAGUGAGCAAGCGUGAUGCUCCUGACUAUUAUGAAGUAAUUAAAGAGCCCAUGGACCUGGGGACUAUGCUGCGGAAGUUGAGAGGUCUGCAAUAUAACAGUAAGAGUGAAAUUGUUUAUGAUCUGAAUUUGAUUUGGAAUAACUGUUUAAGCUAUAACAACCAUCCUCAACAUCCAUUAAGAACACACGCUUUGUCUAUGAUGGCGGUGGCUUCUAAAUUGAUACCUUCUAUACCGGAAAUAAUUAUUCAUGAGCGGAAAAAGGAGAACGAGUUGGCACUGGACCAAGAUCCUGAAAGCGAUGAAGAAUCAUCACCAUCGAAUAAGGGAUGGUCAGUAAAAAGACCUUCUACAAUAAGUGAUGAGAAACAACAAUGUUACUCUGGAAAGUUUGAGGAUCAUAGUUCACAAUCCGCCUCAUCGAAAGUCUCGGAGACUAAGGAGGUAUCACCACAUUCUGAGGUUGAAAACGUUAGCAAUCUUAACUUAAACUGCAAAAGAAAUCUAUUACAAGAAAAGUUUUUAAAAGUAACUACAAAGGCGCGACAGAACAUUUUACAUGAGCGCAAACAAUUACUUGAUAACUUACGUUCGCAGGAACCUGUGGCAGAAAACAAUGUGUCUCCUCAACUUCUAAUAUUAUCCGGUCUUCGAGAAUCAGUGUUCUCUAGUUACCAUCCGGAAUCUUUCUCAACAUUCGCAAAAUAUGUGUCACAAUUGAAGCUAAAUAUUGAUGUAGUUUUGCGCUUGGAGCUUUUAGCAGUUCCUACUAUGCCUGGUUUAGAUGAUGCAUUUGAAACUCCAGCUUCAGGUACCCCCUUAAGAACGUCUCUAAGUCUAAGUCGGAAGUCAGGAGGUACGAUCGGUAGGAUCUUCAAGAACAUUUCUCUUAUGCAGGGAAUAAGGAAACUAUGUGCUAAGCUCUCUGCAAUACGACAAUUGCAAAUUACGCAAACGUACUACACUUCUGCUUCAAAAAGCCUUGACCACUUUGACAUAUGCAACGACGGUCUGUCGUUGCAAAUUCCAAACGACUUUAAUAGACAACCUUCAUUUUCCGUUUACUGUCGUUCGCUACUCCGCAAAUUGUGUGCAGUUCUUCUAUUUCAUUCUGGUUUUGAAGUGUUCGAAGUUGCGGCACUGGAAUCAUUUACGGAUAUUUCCAUGGACUACUUACGGAAGUUAGGAAUGAUAGUAAGCUCUUAUUCGUCAAAUUAUGUUACGGCCCCUGUCUCUUUGUUUCUGAACCAAGCGUUAAUUGAAUCUGGAAUUGAUGACUUUUUCAUGUUCACAAAGUAUCUAAAUGAUGGUCUUGAGAAAAACAACUUGAAAUUGAAAGACUCCUAUAAGCGAUUACAGAAGCAUCUAAUGGAUUUAUUGCGGCCUGCUCUUGAUUCUAGAAAGGAUGAAGAGAAAUUGUUUUCUGAUGACCGGAAUGCAUUCGUCACUGGGGAAUUUAGCACAGAAACCGGCGAGGACUUUUUUGGUUUGAAGAACCUUGGUCUCGCAGAUGAGUUUGGAUUAAGCAAUUUGAAUAUACCUCUCAGUUUAUUUCAAGGAAAGCUAAAAACAAACACGACCUGGGAAGUUGAAGGGAGUUCAAAUAACGACACUAAAAGUUAUCUUCUAACUGCUCGUUUCCCGAGGAUAACGCGUCAAAAUGUCAGCAAAGAGGUCGGGCUAAUUAAGCAAUUUUUAUUACAACAAAUGGAUAGUUUGGGAGCUAAUGAACUUCCUGAAGAUGAAGAUUUACGGCCACGAAUUAGACCUACGAGGCCGCGUUUACCUCCAAGCGGUAAAGUUUCAUCAAGUCGACCUCGUGUAACUUUGUCACUCUAUCAGACUAAUACUGUGAAACGACGCAAACAAAAAGGAAGGUCCGUAACAAACGGUUAAACAUAGUUCUCACUUUUAAUACGUUUAUACAGACGAAACAAUACGUAAUGGCACUUGCCAUUGUGUUACUGUUUUUAGAACACGUAUACUGAUUUAAUCAUUAUCAAAAACAAAAGUGCUGACAAUUGUUUCCGGUAUAGCAUCCUAAGUUUUAAUACAUAAUUCACUUACGAACAGGAGUACUUUUGAUUGCCUGAAAGUCGGUUACGAGAAUUUUGAAACCAGCUUUUCGUAACUCGCAUAGGGCUUUUGAUCAAUUCGAAAUUCAUAGAUGGUCUACAAACAGGCUCUAAAGGGAGUAAUUUCUCAAGGCAAGAAGAGUGAAUCGAUUGAUUUUUAAGUGACUGAAUGUAAAUCUUCAACUUGACAGAUACGGGAAAUGAUUAUCACGGAGACGAGGUUAUUCGUGAUCACCUUACCACUAAUUUUUUAUCAUUGAUGAAUGAACUCAAGGAUCAUUAUACUUUUGUAUAUUUGUUGAUGUGUUGUACUCAUAAACUAGCUAUUUCAUUUAAUUUCUGACAAAAAUCAUUGAAUUUCAUCGUCCUUUUAUUGUACAAUGUUUUAUUAUACUCAAGCCAAUGCUAAUUAAGUAGCAUUUCGAAAUAGUAUUUUAUUUAAUUAUUAG